UUCGCGUUCCUUCUUUUCACGGACUCUGUCAAACAACAAUAACAAUGUGGAGGAAAAACGACUUGUGUUUUGUUUGAUUUUAAUAAGCAUCAACUUCAUGGCAUUGAGAACUCCGAGUCUAACCAUGAACUUCUUUCAAAGGAUGGACUUGCCAGCAUGCCUUAAGGAGUGCACAUGUGACAGGGACCCGUACUCAAGUUGCCAUGGUAACAUAGACCACUACCCACCUAAUAAGACGGUAGCUGAGGCCAGGACUAUAUCAACAGUAAAGGAUGCCUCAGAAAAGAGUUAUGAUUGCAGGGUAUGUGAGAGGGUCUUCAAAAGCCACGAACUCCUUGAAAAACACAUAAAGAACCAUGCCGAGAACAGACCACACAAAUGCCCUCAAUGCCCCAAAGGAUUCAAGCAACCAAGUCACUUAGCACAACACUUACGUACACAUACAGAUGAGCGACCCUUCAACUGCAAGGUGUGCAACAAGGCAUUCAAACAGUCUUGUCAGCUCAAGCAACACAUGAGGUUACACACUGGGGAAAAGCCGUAUAAGUGCUCCGAGUGUGACCGCGGAUUCAAGCAAGCGAGUCAGCUGAACCAGCAUUACCGACUCCAUACCGGCGAGAAGCCUUAUAAAUGUAUGACUUGCUUCAAGGCCUUCACGCAAGCCAGCCAGCUCCGCUCACACAAGAAGACACACGAACCGAAGCCCGAGAGAAAAUCCUCCCGAAAGACCUCUUUGCCCACUCCGAACCCCCUGGUGACGUCAUCAGCGGUUGUGCGACCCCCCGUGGUGAUGUCAUGCUCGCCCGUGAUGUCACGCCAGUCGAUGGUGUCCCGCUCCCCCGUGACGCCGCGACCGAAUUAUUACCCCCCUCCCCGGGCCGGCUCGGCCUUUACCCUGAAAGAUGUGCAGAUGUCCAACGAGGAAACCAUUCAUGUGGUGGAGCUGCCAAUCACUGCACUUGGGAACUCGCUCAACAUGAAUUAAGAUGUGUUUUUGUCAAAAAGCGCUUGUCGCAAGAGUUUGUAGUAAUUUUUCAAGUUUUGCUGGAUUUUUUUUAAAGGUAGCAGAGCAGAGCAGAGUCGACCCGCCCUGCAGAUGGGCUGAAAAAAGUAUUAGUUUAUUAUUAAGUAACAUGGUCAUGAGAUAGCGUGAAAACAAUCGAGUCCCGAUUUUCUUUGGGAGAAACACUUGGCUUUGCCGUGUAGAAUUUGCGAAAUUUAUGCUUCGAGUAGAAUGUUUUACGAGAUAUUGAUGUAAUUAGAGAGAAAGGUUUUCUGUCAGUAGAUGUAAAUAGUUUAUUAAGAGAAUUGUUGUAUUUUUGUUAGAAUUAACAAAAGCCGAGUCUUUAUAUGUAGAAAAGUACACGCAUAAUUAUAUGGGUUAUAAAUAUCACCUUCUACAAUGGUGCUAAAACUAUACCGUUAUAUAUCUGGUCAGUACCUAACCAUUUAUUAAUAUUUAAAGUUUAAAUUGUUUUAAAUGUUUUUAUUCGCCUUAAAGCAAUCGUAUGUAAUUAAGAGAUAAGCCUCUAAAAGAGGUCGCCAAGGUCUAUUCUUAUCUCUCAUUCACUUAAAAAAAAAACAUCCGGUUUUCUUCUUCAAACGGUAUUAAAAUAUAACUUAAUUUUUUGCAUCAUGGUAGAGGGAUUUUUAAGUCCGAAUUGAAGUAUGGGACAUAAAAUACCACUCUGUAAUUAGCUGUUUUAUGAGUUUGUACAAACACGUUGGGGCAUCAAAUGCUAACGCAGUCGUUCUCUGCGUCUAAAAACUAGGACAGGUUUUGUCUAAAGAUAUAUGUUAAACGCUAUUUGUCGAUUAGAUCAAUAAAUUAUUGUGUUGUUA